AUGAGCAAGCUGUUCAGGAUGAAAGGACUAGGACCUACUGGGUGCCAGGAGGCGGGAUGGGAAGUGGGACAAGUGGAAGAGGACUCCCAACCGGAUCGGUGUCGGUGGCACGUGCAACACUUGCCACAUUAUUGCGAACACAACCAAUAUUUCCAAUAUUUCAAGGAUGCAGGCCUCGAUUUGGCAAACCUCACACAUCGCCGCAAAAUUGAAAUUAUAUCCGUUUAUUUAACCUGGAUCCGUGUUGUAAUGAAUACCUGGCAGCUGAGCUCCUAUUGCUUGGAUGAAAUCACUUACACACUUCAAGUUAUUCAAUUUUGA